AUCCCAUUCGGAGAUAUGUUUGGGCCGUGAGUUUACAUUACUUAGCCUCCAAUAAAUCCGCAUGUAAUAUUUUUAUUAAGGCAGCAUUAGCCUUUCAGUCUCUUAUAGAUUCUUUGCGUUACAAGAUACUUGAAAAAGAAAUCUAUUCGUUACAAAUAACCAAUUCUUCGUGGGUGUUAGCUCCAAAAAAUCUAUUAAAAAUAUUAAAAGCAGUAUAACAUCAAUCAAUCGUCAAGGUUAACAUAGUGACAAUUUGUGAUUCUGAGUGAUUACAAGUGAUUUGGCCGUUUGUGUAAGCACCCACCCAGCAAUACAACAACACACCAAUGCCCUACAUAAUAAUACGUGGUAAUUUAGCCUCAUAUAGUCAUAAAUAUCCAUGGCGGGUGUUAGUUUCAGGACUAAAAGGCUCCGAUAUAAAACAAUUGGAUAAAUUUUCGUGUGGUGGCUACAGUGAUGAGACAACAAUUGUUUAUCUAGUACAUCCUUGUCAUAUACUAUCUGCAUUGGAGAUUUUGGGCUAUCGUGUUGUGGCUUCCUCAUCUACCGCCGUUAAACAAGACUACAACGAGUAUAUGUGGACAAUGCGCAAAGAGUUUUCUGAACCAGAGCCAUUAGAAACAGAGUCCGUAGUAAGAGAAAAUCUCUCAAAUAUUGGUAGAGAAGCUGCCAGUUCAGGCAUUUAUCAAAAAGUACAUUCGCCAGAAUAA